AUGGGCCGCGCGAUGGGCCGCCGGGGCGCUUCGGCGCCGGCGACCGCGGCGUCGUUCGCGCCGCGGUGGUUCGUCCCGUGGGCGUGGGUCGUAGUGGCGCUCAUGGCGCCGCUCGCGGUGGGAGGGGCGGACCCCGAGUUUACGCUGGCGUAUCCACCGCCGCCGCCGCCCGGGCCGACCGCGCCGUCGUACGUGCCGCGGCAACCUCCGCCUCCGCCGGAGCCGCCGCUCCCCGCGCCCCCACCGCUUCCCCCGGCGCCGCCGCCGCCCCCACCGAACCCGUCGCCGCCGCCGCACCCCUCACCGCCGCCGUCGCCGCCGCCGCCGCCGGAGCCGCCCACCUGGGGCGUCCCGUUCCCGACGCGAGACGCGAACGGCGAUUUCUGCGUCAUGGACUUUGGGGUUCAACCCGAGGGCACCGCCAACGCCAAGUACGGCAGCGUGCGACCGAACGAGUUUCCCACGGCGCAGUUUUUAGACGCCGCAUCGUACGUCCCCGCGCGUACCCUCGCCAACGCGUCCAUCGCUGCCAUCGACGAGACGCAGACGGAUCCCCGGGCCCGGCUCCUCGGCGGGUGCCCGAGCAAGCGAGUCGCGUGCGUGUCGUCGGGGUACGGCGGCAGUUACACGUGGCGCGACACGAUGACGACGGACCAGAACAUCAUCCAGGAGGACCAGCUGCCGGACGUCGAGGUGCUCGCGGCGGUGUUCCCGGCGCAGCCGGAGAGUUCGAGCGGCCCGAGGUCGUGGGGGGGCGACGGGUGGGGGGAGUAUCACCUCGAGACGGAGCUCUCGCAGGGCAUGCUGCUCUUCGACACGGACGUGUAUCGCCUGUCGUUUAAGGACGGGCUGGUGUACCUCGCGGCUGGUACGACGUGUCAGCCCGAGCGACGCGCCCGGCUGGCGUGCCCGGACAAGUACUGGCUCAACGGGACGAUGGUGCCCAACUGGGAGGAGGUGCAGCGGACCAACUUUUCGCUCGUGUUCGACGGGGUACCGCCUGGGGUCGUGAUAGGCGCCUACCCGCCCGGUCGGUGGGCGCACGUCAGGGUGACGAUAUCGCUGCAAACGCCGACGCCGGAGACGGGAGUGAUCGGGAAGAUGUUCGACGUUCGCGCCGAGGUUCACUUCCAGGGUUCACUUCCGGUGGUGGGGUCGACGGUGGCGUACGCUCGACUGACGGACAGGCUCGGACCGGUGCGACUGACCCACCGCGGGGACACGCGGCCGGGGUUCCCUCCUCCGCCCGCGCCGCCGUUCGCGCCGGGGUACAUACACCCGCCGACGCCGCCGUCGCCGCCGACGCCGCCGUCGCCACCGCCGCCGCCGACGCCGCCGACGCCGAUGCCCCCGUAUCCGCCUCCGGGGAGCGCGGGGGGCGCGGACGUCGCGAGGCCGCCGCCGUCGCCGCCGCCGAGCCAACCGUCGCCGCCUCCCGCGCCUCCCGCGCCGCCGUCGCCGCCGUCGCCACCGUCGCCGCCGCCUCCCGCGUGGGAGACGUUCAAGUACCACCCGCCCGCGUGCAUCGACUCCAUCUACCUGUCGUUUGUUCGGAAGGCUUUCAUCACGAAAAAAGUGGACGGAAACUCCACCACGGAGCUGGUGUUUCAGAGAGUGCAGCUCAGCUCUCAGAGGUUCGAGGGCGCCGUGGCCGUCACCGACGCGUCUUUCGAGCUCGGGUACGUGUCCGUGGAGCAGACGAAACGCGUGAGCGCGACGGUUCCUCCGCAAAAGUGCUAUAACCCCUACGUCACCCACACGUGGGAAGUGCUGGAGGCGCCGAGAGCCGUUUCGCCGGUUGGAUACAGAUCCAACCCGUGGGAGCAGGCGUCGGCGGACGAGGAGACGACGGGGGCGGCGGCGGCGACGACGACACGGACGGGGACGGGCGGCGCGCAGCUCGCGCUUCCCCCUCCCCCUCCCGCGCCGCCGUCCCCCGACGAGUCCCUCGCCUCCGACUGGCGAAGGUUCUACGCCAAAAACCAACCGGUGGGUCACGCGUCCAAACUCAGCGUCAUCCCGGACGGCCCGGGAAGGUACGUGUUCAGGGUCACCAGCACCGGGAGCUGCGCCGGACAAGCGUCGGCCGGGACGGUGACGAUGCACGUGGACUGCAACCUCCCGCCCGCGCCGGAAGCGGCGGUGACGCAGGCGGCGGAUGUCGUCGUCGACCUCGAACUGUCACCUCGGUACGCCGCGCCUCCCCCGGCGCCGCCGCCGUUGCCCCCGCCACCGCCGGAGAAUCCCCCGCCGCCCCCGCCGCUCGUCGCCGGAGGUACGCCGGGAGGGACGCCGGGCGGAUCCACCGGCGGAGCGGGGCCGGCGCCGCCCGCGCCGGUCACCGUGUACGCCGCGAUAAAUCCGUACCCUCCCACCAAACCCCUCGCGUCUACGCCCAGGUGUUUCGCAAAGGUCUCGCUCGACGGGGCGGUGUCGAGGGACCCGAACGAGGGCAGGGCGUUCAUCGACGGCGGUACGGGCGGGGACACGUUCACGUACGUCUGGACGCUCGAGAGCACGCCGGGGGCGUCCUUACUGGCGCGUGGCACCUACGGAGACCCGCACGGCAGCUUCACGCAAAAAGACACCGUCGCGACGUUGAGGCCCGAUCGAGAGGGGACGUACGUCGCGGCGCUGACCGUCUACGACGGAUGCGCGGAUCCGGUGAAGAAGACGUUCGAGGUACGCGUCGCGUGGGACGGGACGUGCAUCGAGCGCGCGGUGGCGACGCGGACGGGGUUCAUCGUCCCGCUGGCGAUCCCGCUGGCGUUGGCGCUUAUCGUCUUUAGUGCCAAGUUGCCGCCGCUGCGGUGGACGCACCCUCGGCAGAUUGCGCUGGACGCGCGCGCGGCGGCGGCGGCGCGGCGGAACGCCGAGGAGAAGGCGAAGAUAAUCGCCGAGGCUGUCGUGGACGGGCCGACGCUGCGGGAACGGAACGAUUGGCUGGACGGUGAGCGAAGGCGGCGGAGAAAGAUCCUUCGAGCGACGUGUUACGACGUCUUGCUUCGAGGCGUUCCUCGCCGAGAGGCUCGUCGUUUGGCGGCGCAAGCGCAGCCGCCGACGCCGACCAAACGACCGGCGGGUAUCGGACCACCCGCACGCACCUCCAAAUCGAGCACCGGGCGUACGUCUCAGAUGACGCGGGGAAAGACCAUAUCCGUCACGGACGACGGCGUACCGUCCGCCGGCCCGGUCACCGAGGCUUUCGACUUUUCGUCUCUAUCGCCGCCGAAGUUGUUCGGUAAGGAGCGGGUGCAGCGAGGUGGCACGCAGCAGCAGCAGCAGCAGCAGCAGCAGCAGCAGCAACAACAACAACAACAGCCGCAUAAACGUUUGACCGAGAGGGAGAGGCGCGCGCAGAUGCUCAACCGCGUCGUCGCUUCUCCGAUUGAGCGGGUCGCCGCCGCGUUUACCCUCGCGGGCGAUUACGCUCGGGAGGCUUACGACGCGGCGACGCGCCGGCCGCGGUACGUCUUCUUCCGGUUCAGGUCUCAGCUCGUGACGGGUUGGAUGUACCUCUUCCACGUGCCGGGAGGGUGGCAGGGCGUGCUGCUCAGGGCGCAUCUGGUGCUGGAGAUGCCCGCGCUGGUUUCUCCCUUUAUCCGACCCGGUUCGCCGCCUUUCGCCAGGGACGGGGACCCUUCGACGGAGGGUUUGAUCGACGCGGUCGCGCCGGCCGUGUUUCUCGGCGCGAACAUGACCACGGAGGACACCUAUUUCGCGCUCGCCGUCUUCACCUUGCUGGCGUUCGCGUCCAUCGCGGGUCCGAGCCUCGGGUGGGCGUUGACGAAGCUCGGCGAGCGCUCGUGGGUGGCGGUUUUUGAGAUUGCCAAAAUCGUCGAAUCCGGGGGCUUGGUCCUGCGGGAGAGGGACAAGCGGGACCCGACGCGCCGAGCCGAGAAGGAGGCUUCGAUCGAGAAGCGAAGGAAGGACAGGUUCAGGCAGGCGGGUGCGGCCAUCCCGGAGGAGAUGUGGCGCCGCGCGAGUUACGCGGAUGUGCUCGACGCGUUGGACGAUCAUUUCGAGAUACCCGCGGUUCAACGAAUGCUCCUCGACGACGAGGACGAGGACGACCGCAUGAUUAAAUGGACGCGCCGGGGGUUGCGACGCAGACGCGCCGCGCGGUGGCUGACGUGGUCGGGACGGGUCUGUUCCCUCUGCGGGACCCUCGCCGUCGCGGUGUUUGCCACGCUGGGUUUUCUCCCGGCGACGCACGCGGGACUCAGCACGCUGAUCCCCUCGGCCAACGAUCACGCUCGACCGUGGGUCUACUUCAGCAAGGACCCGAACGUUUUCUACGGCUCCCCCGAGCACGUGCAGCUCGUGGGACUCGGGUGGUUCGUGGUCACCACCUGCUUCGUGUGCGCGCUGUACCGGGCGCGGGUCACCGCGGAAAACGUGGUGUCCUUGAGGCCCCAACCCGCGUUCGAGAUAUUCGCCGCCUGCGCCAAACUGGCCACGGCGUUCGUCAGCGUGUCGUGGGAGGCUCAACUCGGCCGAGAGGCUGUGGCGGCGGCGCGCGAUGCGGUGAUUCGCACAGCGUGGAUGCACGACGGCGCGUUGACGCUCAUAGCGACGUCGCUGUUGGUGACGCACAUGACGACGCAGUCGCUUCGCGGCGACGCCGCCGGUUGGAACCAAUGGCGCGCGGCGUCUUUCGGCGCGGCGGCGUGGGUCGGGACGCUGUGCAUCGCCGCGAAGAUGUUCGGGCACGACCCGGCGUACCUGCCCUUCUUGAACGAACCGUCCGUGCCGGGGGGCGGCGCGCCUACGUCGGCGAACGCCGAAGACGCGUCGUCGGAGAACCUUUGGCGGAUGGUUCUCUCCGUGACGAUAUUCCCGGCGAUGCUCCUCUUCGCCGUUCUUAACCGGAUACUGUACCGGCACGUGUCGCUGGCGGAUGAGGUGGCGAGGCCUCCGAACCCUCUCCUGGACGACGAGGGGCACACGGACGCUGGGCCGAUCGCGGCGGCGAAAAAGGCGAGGAUGGCGGACAGGAAACGCGUCGCCGUCGACGACGGCGCCUGGAAGACAUCCGGAGAUGACCGGAAACAACCCGGACGCGGCGGGUACCACCUCGGCUCUUCAGAGGCGGACGACGAUUUUAACGACGUCGAGACGGGUCGGGCGCGGAACACCGCCGCGGGUUUAGGGAGUGACGAGAGGAACGUCGGUCGGGGGGUGCGGACCGCGGCGGGCCGGCGAGUCCGCCGGCUCCCUCCCCCGACGGCGGCUUCGGACUCCUUUGGGCUCUCUGGACUCCUCUCCGCGACGCUCUCCGCGGUCGGCGCGGUCGCGUCCGUGCUUCGACGCGCGCACGCGGCAUCGCUCGCGCUCGUCCUCGGCACCCCCGCGGAGCGCGGCGCCGCGGCGAGGUCCAAGGCGAUCGCGUUCGCCCGAUCCCGCCACCGCCGCGACCGCGUCGUCGCGUGGCUCUGCGAAUUUCGUAACCUCAACGCGUUCGACAAAUCGUUGGCGGGGCGCGUCGAGGAGGCGAGGAGCGCGGACGCGUCGCACGCCAUCAGAGCCACCGAGGAACUCCUCGCGCUCGCGUACGUCCUGCUCGCCGACGCGGACGUUUGGGUCCGUCUCGGCGGCGAACCGAUGGCUUCGGCGGCGCUGACGUCGCUCGCCACCGCAGCGGGCGCCGCGUGUCGACACGACCCUCGGUUGGCGUGGCGCGCCCUGCCGCUCUUCGCCAGGGCGCUUCGGUCGCCGCACCCGGAAUUACGCGGCGGCGCGGCGCAGGCGCUGUGCGACGAUACCUUCGCGUCGGCGGCGUCGGCGUUGCUCUUUCACCGGCACGACGUGGGUUUGCGAAAGCCGCGGGCGUGGGAUCUCAGGCGGUUCAUCGACGUCACGUUCGAGGACCCGACUUUACUCGCGGCGCAGCACCUGCCGGGCACCGGUCUGACCCGUUACCGGCAGCUCGACAUGGCGUACAGGGCCGAGUGCGUGGUGCCGUGGAGGGUGGUGGUGAGGGCCAAGGCGAGGGCGCUGGUGGAGAUGGAGGGCGCGUCCGUCGGGAGCGGCGAGAGGGACAAAGAGGAGGAGGGAGACUCAAGAAACGACUCAAGAGACGGGGCGCUCGCGCUGCACCUCGCGCUGCGAUCGAUGGAUCCGACGGGCGAGACUCUCGGGUCCACGCCGCUCGCGGCGGUUGGUAAGAGGAUAGUCACGUCGGAAACCGUCUCGGCGACGGCUAUUCGCACGCAGGUGCGCCGCGCCAAGGCUGCGAGAGCCGUCACCAGAAGCGGCGAAGAAAAAAGCGAAAGGCGCGUGAACGCCCGGGACGACAGCGACGACGACGUGGAAGACGACGACAUCGAGCGGAUGAACGAGGACCAGCUCUCCAACUUUAACCCGCUGGUGCUGAUGCGACGCGCGCACGAGGAGGACGAGGCGACGCACCUUCGGACGCCGCUCGAGUCGAAGCUCGCGUCCAUUCGAAGGUUUAAACCGGCGGCGCCCAUCACCGGUACCGAGGACCCGAACGGGCGCAACCUCUGGCACAGGGCGUGCCUGUACUUGGGCGCGUCCGCGGCGAUGCGAAGGAAACGCAGGACGCACGACGCCGAACGGAUCCGACGCGCGAGGGAAGUGUUGGACCUUCUCCUCGACGCCGCGUUGGGGGGACGGGGAGACCAGCUGGGAUCGGCCCGAAUAGCCGGCGACGGAAGGAGGGGCGCCAAACGCUCGGCGUUUUCGCUCGGGGACGCGUGCGAGGUACCCGCGGGCGGCGGCGACGGCGGCGGACAAGGGGACGAUUCGGGCGGACGGGGCGGGGGAGACGAGACGCGACCGGCGGAGCUGCCCGCGCACGGCGCCGCCGCGGCUAUCCACGCCGUUUCAAAAUUUGUCGUCAGGUCGGGCGGCGGCCCCGCGCUGAUUCGCAGCGAGCGACGCCUCGCCGCGGCGCUGCGCGCGAGCGGCGGGCACGAUCGCCCGGCGCAGGUGGUCUCCCGCGCGGGCGGGAUGCUGCACGCCCUCGUGCAGCGGCGGCGCCUGCGCGGGAAGCUCCUUCGGCGGCUCGGUCGCGUGUGCUCGCGCCUCGCAGAGGAAAACGCACAGCCUGUUAACGUCUCUGUCGGGGAAAAGCCGGACACGGAAGUUUUGGCGAUGCGCGCGCUGGACCUGAUGGACCGCGCCGCGCGCGCGUGCAUGAACGACCGCGGCGACGCGUCAGAGGCGGCCGUGACCACCGCGCACGCCUGGCACGUCGCGGGAAACCGCGCAGCCGUCGACGGCGAUUCCAGAAACGACGCCAACCUUUUCGAACUUCCGUUGAAGCUCAAGGCGCGAGCCGCUUGCGACGCGGCGCGCGCGGCGGAUCGCGGGUCCAUCGUCAUCGCCGCGCGAGGCGCGCUCGCGCUGCUCCUCGACUUGACCCCGGCCGUCCGCGUCGCCGCGGCGGCGGCGCUCGGCAAGCUCGGCGCGUUGUUGGUCGCGGGGGAGGCGACGGCGGCGGCGGAGAAAAUCGCGGAAAUCGUCGGCGACGAGGACGAAGACGACGGAUGCGGCCGGGUGCCCGCCGUGCGUUGGAACAGGGAGCCCGACGACUGGGAGACCGGCCGCGGGCCGGGCGAGGACGACAUGGAGGCGGAGGAGGAAUACCGGGGUUCCGAUGGUGGGAAAACGCUCGCAAAAUCCGGCGAGGAGGGGAAGGAGGAGGAGGAUGAGGAAGGGAGCGACGACGAGGACGACGACGCCUCGCACGAGGUGAGCGCGUUAGACGCCGUGGAAAACCUCGACGGCGGCGUGCGAUUGGCGUCCAGGGUGGUCAAAUCGAGCUCCAAGAGUCGCCCGUUCGAUUCCUCGUGGGUGUGCACGGCGCUGGCGAGAUCCGCGGCGAGGGACGAUUCCCAGCACUCGAAAGAAGCCGCCGUGGCCGCCAGAGACGCCAUCUUGGAAUCGAAAGCGUGCGCAAAGUUCGCGUGCGAGCGGUACAAAUACGGCGGCGUCGUCGGCGCCCACGUCGCGGUGUGGGCGGCCCUGAACCCCGACCAGGAGACACCGAAGAUGGUGGACGAGAUCCACGCGGCCAAGACUGAAGCCAUCCUUCGACGCGUCAAGCGCGAAAUCAAGGACAGGAGGGCCAUCAUGCGAAUCGAGGGCGACGCCAAGCUCCCCGACAUCGACGAGGAGGCUGCCGCUCGGCUCGUCGAGGUGUGCACCAACGCCGUGAGGGAGGCGUUGAGCGCGCAUCAACUCACGCACACCUCGGCGAGAAUGGCGGGCGCGCCGGAGGGCGCGGCAAGACGCGAGAGGGUCGUCGCCAGGCAACGAGCCGCGUUGGAGGCGCAGGCGGUUGUCCUGCGAGAGGCUGGGAUGUCGCUCGACGAUCCAAACGCGCUGGAUCUCGCCAGGUCGCUCGGCAUCGUCGUCCCGGAGGAGUUCGACGAGAGGGUGGUGGGACACACUUCGGGGAACACGUUUGAUCCGGCGCCCAAGCCGCCCGGUUGGACGCAGGACGAAAACGCCCCCUCCUCGCGCGGCGGCGUUCCCUCGGGCAAGAUUUCCGCCGAGGACAUGCACCGCGCCCGCGGCCCGGACAAGGAGACGCUCGCCUCGAUCAAGAACAUGCUCCGCCACUCCGUGGCGAGGCAGCACGAGAAGCACGAGACGAGGUCCCGCGCCCGGGUGGCGAACGUGUGGAGGGACGCGAGGCUCCAACGCGAGAAGAAGCUCCUCCGGAGAGGCGAGGAGCUUCCAAAGUAUCCCGGAUACGAACCAGUCCCGGCGGAGAACAUCCCGAGGACGUCGGACCCGACACACCGACCGGUCGACGUCUACCACGGCCUCCGCGAUCCGACCAACCCCCGCGCCGUCGCGGACGACGACCCGAUGCACGAUCGAAAGGUGGCGCCCCCCGGCGGCGACAUCGAGCUCAGCCGACCGUUCGCGUCCCGGCCGAAACUGAUGAGACCCUCCGCUAGGGACGCGUUCAGGCGGGACCCCUUACCCGGGCCGUCCACGCGGGGGAUCCGAGCGCGGGAGGAGGUGAGGGACGCGGAGCGCGCGGCGCGCGGCGAGCGGCGGCUGGAGACGAGCAGGAGGUACUUUGGCACGGAGAGUUUCCGCCGGCCGGAGACUCUGACUCGGAGGGACGCGACCGGACCAGCGGCGACCGACUCGGGAUCCGACGCGAUGGGCGGGGGAACAAACGGGGGCGGAUCGGACGCGUCAUGAAAGUGGCGACGUCCGUCGUCGAAGGCUUGUUAAUGGCGAACGUAACAAUAGUAGC